AUGUCUGUUAUUCUUGUGCUUAGUACUAGAAGAUGGUGUCCUUUAUCACCCAAGUUAACUCCACCUGACGAUGGUCUGGAAGACUCCAGGAUCCUUUUCGCCAUCGAUGAAGUUCUUCAUCGACAGGUUGAGCGAUUGUCGGCGGUCGUGAAUGUCUCCACCAUUUCUUACGACGACAAUGGCCAAGUCGGCGAGGACAUGCGUUGGGAAACGUUUGGCGAACUCCAUACAGUCUUGAAAAGACUCUUUCCAGUAAUUGCUCAGCAAGUCGAAGUGGAGAAGAUUAACAAGUACGGCCUCUUAUAUUACCUUCCUGGCACCGACCGCUCCCUCAAGCCUAUCCUUUUGAUGGCACAUCAAGACGUCGUGCCACCGAUGGAUCCUAGGCAGUGGACUCAUCCGCCGUUCCAGGCUCACUUCGAUGGCGAAUGGCUGUGGGGACGAGGCGCGUCCGACUGCAAAUCGAACCUCAUAGGCAUCUUGAGCGCAAUUGACGCACUCUUGGCGCAGGCGUACACUCCUCGGAGAUCCAUUUUGCUCGCGUUUGGAUUCGAUGAGGAGACUGGUGGCACGCAGGGUGCUGCAGAGAUUUCCCGCCACCUCGAACGCAAUAUGGGGAACGACUCCGUAGCGAUGGUGUUCGACGAGGGGGGCAUGGGAGUCAAGACGCUUGGACACAUCGCGUAUGCGCUGCCUGCUGUUGCAGAGAAAGGUUUCGUUGAUAUCAUUCUCACGCUGGAGACGAGCGGUGGACACUCUUCCAGACCACCAAAGCACACCUCUAUUGGUAUCAUGUCCAAGAUCGUCGAGGCGCUGGAAGAGAACCCGUUCUCCCCCGUACUGGAUCAAACGAACCCCAUGAGAAACGUGUUACAGUGUGAAGCCGUUCACUCCCCUUCUCAUGUGGAGCCCUGGUUGCGUAAAGAGCUGGCAUCCGGCGGCUCUGCUCAUGAGUUGGGCGAGAAGAUGGUCAACUCGCGCGGUGAUGCCAUCCGCUGGCAAAUUCAGACGUCCCAAGCAGUCGACAUCAUCCAUGGCGGAAGCAAAGAUAACCAGCUCCCUAGCAGAGUUGAACUCACCGUCAACUAUCGCAUCUCAACCCACGACGAUGUGGAGGAGCUACUCAACAAAGUCGCCCAGCGCGUGGCGUCCGUCGUACACGAAUUCGACAUCGCCGUUUCAGGUCUUGGAUUCGACGAGGAGCAGACUGAAGGAGGUGUCAUUCGCCUGGCAUCGAAAGACCUGUUGCGGCCAUCGCCUAUCACUCCUGCGAACUCGGAGAACGAAGUGUGGAGUAUUUUCAGUGGCACGUUGCGUCAAGUCUAUGAAUCUGUAGACACCCUACCCGGCGUCGAGACUGUCGUGCCGGUGGGCAGCAUCGCGACGGGCAAUUCAGACACGGCGCAUUACUGGAAGCUGACGAGGAACAUUUAUCGAUUCACUCCUAGCCGAGAAGGCUCGAGGCUCGGCAUCCAUGACAUUGAUGAGAGGAUCCAGAUGAGCGACCAUGUCGAAGCUAUCCGAGUGUACUACGAUCUGAUACGGAACAUUCAGGCGUAUGACGGCGACGUCUGUGAUGGCGAGUGCUUAGAUCUGUGA